UAAGUAAGGGGUAAACAUUUGGUUUGUUCAAUCAUUAUUAAAACUAAAAUGACCCCGAAAGUUUCUCGACCCUUUAAAAUGCUUUGAGAACGACAGGUAUUGAAGUAAACGCAACAAUGGAAUAUAAGCAUUUACUUGAUCUCCAGCGAAAUCUGAUUCUUUCUAGAAGUGAAGAUGCUAAUCGAGGUUUCUUGGCAAUCCCUUGUGUGACUGACCUUUUGAAAGCUGGUAUUGACUUCGCCGUCGGAGAAACGGAGGCACUAGUGAAGAUCACAUUCAGAAAUGGGAUAUUGACUGUUCCACCAUUACUAGUUCUAGAAAAUGCAGAAUCUUUAAUUCGCAACCUUGUUGUAUAUGAGCAAUGUGACAAGAGUCUAAGAGCUAAGAUCACAGGUUAUUUUGCAUUUCUUGACAAUCUUAUCAAGUCAAGCGAAGAUGUUGAGUAUCUCAGAGAAAAAUGAAUAGUAAAUUUCUACUUGAGUGCAGAGGAGGUAUCUAGUUUCUUCAACAGACUAUACGAUUAUGCUCAUAUUGAAAAUUAUCCUUACAGAAAAAUUUCUGACGAAGUCAAUGCAUAUUAUAAAUCUCGGUGGCCUCAAUGGCGAGCAAUGUUAUUAAGAGAUAUUUUCAAUACUUCUUGCUC